GUCAUUUUGUGCUUAAAAUAAGCUCAAAAAAAUAAUUGGGCUCAUUUGACUUAACUUAUCUAAAGCAGCUUAUAAGCUGUUUGCAGCUUAUAAGCUGUUUGCAGCUUAUAGGCAUAAGCCCAUCCAAACAGGCUCUUAAUUCUCCUCAAUUCGAACCCUAAUUUCAUUUCCACAUUCAUUAACAUUUUCAAAAGUGGAAUUUGUUAUAUGAAAUCUCUGGCCUCACGAAGUAGUAGCUCAAUGGUUAGAAUGUACCACCCACCUAUCCCUGGUUAUUUGGGGGAUGAAAAGAUUGACGCUUUUCCGAGUCUCUUGAUUCAUUGUUGUCGUACAAGUAGGGAUGGAGCUAGAGUUCCAGUUACGAGUUCGGUAGGAACCAGUAGUUUUGGUCAAACACUGUGCAGGCUAAAUGGCAGAGGAACCAGUUAAUGUGAAAGAAUUCCAAGAGCUUGCAAGGCAAGCCCUUCCGAAGAUGUACUAUGAUUACUUUACUGGUGGAGCUGAGGACCAGCACACGCUAAAAGAAAAUGUAGAAGCAUUUUAUAGAAUCACUAUUCGGCCAAGAAUACUUGUUGAUGUGAGCAGAAUAGACAUGUCAACUACCAUACUAGGUUACAAGACGUCGGCUCCUAUUAUGAUUGCCCCAACGGCCAUGCAUAAAUUGGCACAUACUGAAGGAGAAGUUGCAACAGCUACAGGAGCUGCAGCAUGUGACGUUAUUAUGGGACUGUCAUAUAUGUCAAGCUGCACAGUGGAGGAGGUUGCUUCUAGCUGCAAUGCUGUUCGCUUUUUCCAAAUAUACGUUUAUAAAAGGAGGGAUAUAACAGCACUUAUGGUACAUAGAGCUGAGAAGAAUGGGUUUAGGGCUAUUAUUCUUACUGCUGAUACUCCGAGGCUUGGUAGAAGGGAGGCAGAUAUUGAGAAUAAGAUGGUUGCUCCUCAGUUGAAGAACUUCGAAGGUCUUAUAUCAACUGAAUAUGCUUCUGACAAGGGCUCAAAUAUUGAAGCCUUUGCUGCAGGAACUUUUGAUGCUUCUCUUUGUUGGAAGGAUAUAACGUGGUUAAAAUCAAUUACCAGCUUGCCAGUUCUGAUUAAGGGUGUUCUCACUGGUGAAGAUGCAAUAAAAGCAAUUGAAGCAGGGGUUGCAGGAAUUAUUGUCUCUAACCAUGGAGCUCGGCAACUAGAUUAUGCUCCAGCUACUAUUUCUGUUCUUGAAGAGGUUGUCCACGCUGUUCAAGAUAAAGUUCCAGUAUUUUUUGAUGGAGGAGUUAGACGAGGAACAGACAUAUUCAAGGCCUUAGCACUGGGCGCAAAAGCUGUUCUGAUUGGUCGAGCGGUUGUGUAUGGCUUGGCAACUAAGGGGGAGCGAGGGGUAAAGCAGGUUAUUCAAAUGCUCAAGAAUGAACUUGAGUUAACAAUGGCCCUUUCUGGUUGCUGCAGUGUCGACGACAUAACCAGAAGCCAUGUGAAAACAGAAAAAGAAAGGUUCCUUUGUAGGAUGUAGUUCCCUAUCAAAAGCAGCUUGCUUCAACUCUACAAUUGUGUGACAUCAUACUUGGUGGUAACUUUUUAGGUGAAUAAAAAAUUUAUCAAUAAAUGUUUCAGCUCUAGAAUUGUGUCACAUCCCUUAUUCCUUUUCAGCUCUAGAAUUGUGUCACUUCCCUUAUUCCUUUUCAUCUUUUCUCUUUUUUUUUUUUUUCUUCUUCAAUUGUGGAUUGUGCUCAAACAUUGAAAGCUGUGAUUUGGAAUUCUUUAAGGUUUGCCCAGUGCAAUUCCACAAUUGAGGUCUAGGGAGAGUAGACUGUACCCAGCCCUUACCCCUACCUUGUAGAUAUAGAGAGGUUGUUUCCGAUAGACCUUCGGCUCAAGUAAAGCAUUUGAAAGUUGUUGUUUAUGGGUGAUUCUUAUUGUAAAUGUUCUCGUUUCCAUAAUAGUUUCCUCUUUUUGUUGUAUGUACAAUACCUUGAAGUCUGAAUGAGUCAUUGGUGAGUAGAUUUCCUUUUUACAACCACUAAAAUUUGCACGUUGCAUUUGCUCCUGUGUUCUCUAUGUAGCGUGCCAAGAAAGAAAAAAAAAGAUAAAAGCCAAACCCAGACUGCUGAGAGUGAUGACUAGUGUCGAAGCUUCAAAACUUUCAGACUCGGUAAGAGAAUCAGAGUGUCAAAUGCAGA